CGCGCCGUCGUUUAGCAUAACGAAGAGUCUUGGGAACAAAAAAUUUCCAAUAAAUGGACCGUCGAGAACUAGUAGCGCUGGCCUGCCUGCUGGCAGUGUCAGUAGGCAUGAGCAACAUGGAGCGAGAAGUCUCGUUUGCUGACUACAGUCCUAAGAUAAGGGAGGGUCUCACAUCUUUGUCCAAUAACUGGGCUGACGGUUGGCAACAAGUACUAGGUCCUGGACCUAAACCAAAAGUCAAAGCUGCGAUAGACCAAGUCAACUUCCUACUCUGGACAAGGUCCAAUCGGAAUGUCGAAUACGUAUUGGAGGCCUUCAACGCCGACAGUUUCGCCGCUUCAAACUUCGAUUCCUCCAAAGAAACCCUUUUGGUAUUCCAUGGUUACAUAUCCAGUGGCAAUGCAUCGUGGAUUUUGGAUGCCAAGAAUGCUUUGCUCGAUAGGGUUGAUGCCAAUUUCAUCUCGGUGGAUUGGGGAGAGCUGGCUGCUGCUCCCGACUACGUCGAUGCUGUUGCUGGCGUUUAUGAAGUCGCCAAUCUCACCGCGUCUUUGCUGGACUGGAUGGUGGACAAUGUAGGCCUGGAUUUCCAGAGAACGGCACUAGCGGGACACAGCCUUGGUGCUCAAUGUGCUGGAAUGGUUGGCAACACCGUCACUAGUGGAAAACUCGAUCGCGUUACUGGUCUGGACCCGUCGUCGAAGCUCUUCACGGAGGUUGACGAAUCGCAACGCAUCAACCCCAACAGCGCCACAUUCGUCGACAUCAUCCACACCGAUGCCUGCUCCCAAGAAGACGGAUGCUCGGGGAUGAUCGAACCAGUUGGCCAAGUCGACUUCUACCCCAACGGCGGAGCUCAUCAGGUUGGCUGCCCACUGGUCAACAGCACCACAAUUAUAGAUCAUAAGUUUUGUUGCAGUCACUGUCGGUCUUACGAAUACUGGAUAGAGAGCAUACGAGCUCAGGAGCCGACGGACAAGACUUUCUGGGCGAAGCCUUGCUCGGACUGGUCGACCUACGAAGCCGGGCUGUGUAGCUCUUGUGGCAACGGCUGCGUUCAGAUGGGCUACCCGGCUGACAUUUCCGGCGUCAUCAUUGGAGCGGACAUCGAGUAUUACCUGACAACCAACGCCGAUGCGCCCUUCGCCAAGGGCUUGAACUAACGAACUUCGCUAAGCAGUUUGGUCUCCACUCCGCGACGUAGAAAAACACGCGGGAAAAAUGGUUGUUUCUUUUGAGACUCCUGCCAUAUCUGUAGUCAGAAACAUAAUAAGGAAAAAACAAUUUUUCUUCAAGCUACAUAAGAUUAUUACUAAAUCUAACUUAAAAACUAUUACUUGGCAGAUUUUUUCGUUGCCGCUAUUUUCAAUUGCAAACAUUUUUGAUAUCUUCACUCCUUGCAUGAUUGCUUCAGCAAUUAAUACAGAAAUAUUCAAUACUUAGCUGAAAUACGUUGUCUUUAUUGCAUUUUCAAAUGUUAAGCUACAUGGUAAAAGAAUAAUUGACCACGAGUCGUAACAUUUUUCGUCAUCAAUCCCUCUGAACCGCAACAAUUCCACCGAAAAUACAAAUUGGAGUUCAUAAGGGUUCACCAAAUUUUAUUAGUUGUGCGAAAAAUUGAGCAAGACUGUCUUGUAGCAAAUACUCAUUAUUUGUUUUUCAUUCUGUCAGCAGUGUAAAAAAUUAAUUUAUACACUUUUGAUGUUUACGCUUACUAUCAGUAUGAGAAGUUACCAAGUGUACGAGUAGUUUAUCAAGUAUGAGUAGUUAAUCAAGAAUACGCAGUUGACUCGGAGUUUCUUGUGGUCGUUGCUUCUUGCCACCGGUGACCCACAGCUGUAGGUGCGGUGGUUACCACUGCUGGAUGUAAAAUGUUGUAAAUUUUGUUCACGGUAACUACAGAUCAACCUGUUACGGCCUCCUUCGAUUCUUCUGCAAGAAUCACACACGUCUUGACCUAUGCUUAGUGUUGGAGAUGUGUCCCUCGCGAUAAAUUCACACUGCCGACUGCCCUUGAUCUCGUAUUUUUUAUAGCCAUCCCAACACCAGCGCUCAACCAUUUAAUUAAAUUCAAAAUUGCAGUAAUUGACUAAUUUACUGGGUUAGUACGCUCUCUACAUGCGGCAUAGAAGUCAGUUAGAUAAUUGUCGAUUUACCCAACGUCAGAACCUGCAAAACUACAAUUAAGGCCCUGGUUGAAGGUCGCAUGGCUUCUAACAGGCUUGGCUCUUCUCUAUGCGUUUCUUCACUAAUUAGGAUAGACUUUACUCCACUCGCAAAUGAG